UUGCGAGAGUCUCCUGCAGGGAUCGCAUCAGUCUCAGUGGGGGGGAAAAAAAAAAAAAAAAAACCUCAGCCUGAGCGAGGGGUGGUAAAGGCUUCACCGGUUUCUGCACACUUGUCUUGCAAAGCGAUCUAGAGAUGCAGACCUGCGCCAAGUCCUGGGGGAUCUUCUUGGCCAAGUCGGUGAAUCCCAGCGCACCGUGCAGGCAUCUGAGUGACAAGAGCCGCGUGGUUUGGAAACUUCAGUGCAGGAUCCGAAACAGCGGCACGUCCCGCACCACAGCAGCCCGGGCUCUGAGGACGUCUGCGGCCGUCCCCUCCAGACAGAUAGAGAGAAUAUUACCCAGACACGAUGACUUUGCAGAGAGGCACAUCGGUCCAGGUGAGAGGGAGAAGAGAGAAAUGCUGGAUGCUGUGGGACUCGAGUCAAUCGACCAGUUGAUCGAAAACACAGUUCCAGCCUCCAUCCGUAUGCAGUGGAGUAUGAAAAUGGAUGAUCCAGUCUGUGAGAAUGAGAUUCUGGAGUCCUUACAGAAGAUUGCAUCAAAGAACAAGGUAUGGCGGUCCUACAUCGGCAUGGGCUACUACAACUGCUCGGUACCGCCGCCUAUCCAGCGCAAUCUCCUGGAGAAUGCGGGCUGGGUGACUCAGUACACGCCUUACCAGCCUGAGGUUUCUCAGGGUCGCCUGGAGUCACUCCUCAACUAUCAGACCAUGAUCUGCGACAUCACAGGCAUGCCUGUGGCCAACGCCUCCCUGCUCGACGAGGGAACGGCCGCUGCCGAGGCCAUGCAGCUCUGCCACAGACAGAACAAACGGAGGACUUUCUACAUUGACUCACGUUGCCAUCCUCAGACCAUUGCUGUGGUGCAGACCAGAGCCAACUACAUAGGGGUUAAAACAGUGCUGAAGCUGCAUCAUGAGAUGGACUUUAGCGGGAAGGAUGUGAGCGGUGUGCUCUUCCAGUAUCCAGACACUGAUGGUAGGGUGGAAGACUUCACCGCCCUUGUGGACCGUGCACACAAAGGAGGGGCCCUGGCUUGCUGUGCCACAGAUCUGCUGGCUCUCUGCGUGCUGCGUCCUCCUGGGGAGUUUGGCGUUGAUAUCGCACUGGGCAGUUCCCAGAGGUUCGGGGUCCCUCUCUGCUACGGCGGUCCACACGCUGCCUUCUUUGCUGUUAAAGACAACUUGGUCCGGAUGAUGCCUGGCAGAAUGGUUGGCGUCACCAGGGAUGCAGCUGGUAAGGAAGUGUAUCGGCUCGCUUUGCAGACCAGAGAGCAACACAUCCGCAGAGACAAAGCAACCAGCAACAUCUGCACUGCACAGGCUCUGCUGGCCAACAUGGCUGCUAUGUAUGCAUUGUAUCAUGGUCCUCAGGGACUCAAACACAUUGCUGAGAGGACACACAAUGCUGCUCUGAUCCUAGCUGAAGGUCUGAAGAGAGCAGGACACCGGCUGCACAGCGAGAUGUUCUUCGACACUUUAAAGAUCAACUGUAGCGUGGCAGCCAAAGACAUCUUGGAGAGAGCUGUGCAGAGGCAGAUAAACCUGCGAGUCUACACUGAUGGAGUGCUGGGUGUUUCUCUGGAUGAGACGGUGACUGAAAGGGACUUGGAUGACUUGCUCUGGGUCUUUGGCUGUGAAUCAUCAGCUGAGCUGAUUGCUGAGAAGAUGGGUGAGCGGGUGAAAGGGAUCAUGGGAAGUCCUUUCAAGAGGACGAGCAAGUACCUCAUACACCAGGUCUUUAACAGUUAUCACUCUGAGACCAACAUUGUGCGAUACAUGAAGCGCUUGGAGAACAAGGACAUCUCCUUGGUGCACAGCAUGAUACCACUGGGCUCCUGCACCAUGAAGCUAAAUAGUUCUUCAGAACUCAUGCCCAUCACCUGGAGAGAGUUUGCCAACAUCCACCCCUUCGUGCCUCUGGAUCAGGCUGAGGGCUACCAGAAACUUUUUAGACAGCUGGAGAAGGACCUUUGUGAGGUGACGGGCUAUGACAAGAUCUCCUUCCAGCCAAACAGGUGUGCUCGUCAGAAAUUCCACCGGUAUCCUGACAUGCUGAUUGGUAGUAGUUUGAGGGCAAAGCGAGAUAAGACACCUCCUCAGAUUAAAGACUGGCUGACUCAAGUCUGUCUGAUCCCCAAGUCAGCCCAUGGCACCAACCCAGCGAGUGCUCAGAUGGCUGGCAUGAAGGUUCAGGUGGUGGAGGUGGACAAGGACGGCAACAUUGACCUGGCGCACCUCAAGGCCCUGGUGGAUAAACACAAGGCGAGCCUGGCGGCCAUGAUGAUCACCUACCCCUCCACCUUUGGUGUGUUUGAGGAGCAUAUCAGGGACGUCUGUGAUCUUAUUCAUGAGAACGGAGGCCAGGUGUACUUGGAUGGUGCCAACAUGAACGCCCAGGUGGGCUUGUGUCGUCCUGGAGACUACGGCUCCGACGUGUCUCACCUGAACCUGCACAAAACCUUCUGCAUUCCUCAUGGCGGAGGAGGACCCGGCAUGGGGCCAAUUGGAGUGAAGGCCCACCUCGCCCCGUUCCUGCCGAGCCACCCGGUGGUCGCCAUGCAGUCCGUCAACACCAGCAGCUCACUGGGCACCAUCAGCGCCGCCCCCUGGGGCUCCAGCGCCAUCCUGCCAAUCUCCUGGGCUUACAUUAAGAUGAUGGGAUCCAAGGGACUGCUUCAUGCUACAGAGGUGGCCAUCCUCAACGCCAACUACAUGGCCAAGAGGCUGGAGGGUCCCUAUAAAAUCCUCUACAGAGGCAGGAAAGGUUUUGUAGCCCACGAGUUCAUUCUGGAUGUGAGGCCAUUCAAGAAGACGGCUAAUAUUGAGGCCGUCGAUGUGGCCAAGAGGCUGCAGGAUUAUGGUUUCCAUGCGCCUACCAUGUCAUGGCCGGUGGCCGGUACACUCAUGAUCGAGCCCACGGAGUCGGAGGACAAGGCUGAGAUGGAUCGGUUCUGCGACGCCCUGCUUGGUAUCCGACAGGAGAUCGCAGACAUCGAGGAGGGAAGGAUGGACUCCCGCAUCAACCCGCUCAAGAUGGCCCCUCACUCUCUAGCCUGCAUCUCAUCCUCCAACUGGGACAGACCUUACUCCAGGGAGUUCGCUGCUUUCCCCUUGCCCUUCAUAAGGCCUGAGACCAAAUUCUGGCCGAGCAUCUCCAGGAUUGACGACAUCUAUGGCGACCAGCACCUCGUGUGCACCUGCCCACCCAUGGAGGUCUACGAGUCUCCAUACGAGGAGAAGAGGGCCUCAUCAUAGAUGCUCCCUGUGGUCCAGUCCCAAUGUCAGGCCUAAGAUCGAAGCACUCAAAACUCAGACUUGAAUCACUUGUGUGCUCAGUGAAAAUGUGAGAGCAGGAGGGGGUAAGGGCUCGAAACGCUACUUUGUGAACUAGCGUUAGCUGGGGCAGAAGCAUUUGCCAUCGCCAGUUAAGUGUGACGCUCAUAUUUCAGAUGUAGUUUAAUAAAACUAAAGGACUUUUACUGACUUCCUCAUAAAAUAACAGCCUCUGCAUUAUUAAUGUUUGAUCAAAUUAGGUUAAAAAAAAAAUAUUGCUGUCAGGCUCAUCCUGGGACAACAAACUAGACAGUCUUGGCUACUAGUGCUUUCUUCCACCCCUUUUUUUGUUUUUGGGUUUUUUUUGGAUGAUUUAAGACUUUGCCUGGUCAACCUUGUUGUUAACAUUAGUGCCCUGUGAAUUUCCCUGAAACAGAGCCUGCAGCAGUGCAAAACAGCCCUAAAGCACUUUCCGAUUUUUAUAAUGGAACAGCCCUGAGCCUUAGCCUACUUAUUACGAAUGGGUGUCAAAGUCUGUGAGUUGGACGUUGGGACUGGGCUUUGUCUAAUCGCACCCUCUUUAACGGGGUCAUGGGUUUUAACCUGCUCGAACUUUAAUGGACCAAAGGUGCAAGUUCUGAGGCCGCUCCGUAACACACCUCUGAAACACUGUACUUUGAGCUGAGUAAAGUUAAAUUUUUGACUCCCAGCAUCUUAUAAAAAUGCCCUUGGUGCCUCUAUUCUGUUGUGUAAAAUAGCUGCCUUGACUUUCCCUUUUUUUUUUUUUUUUUUUCCUUCCAAAUAUCUGACAAUAUAUAGGUGUUUAGUUUUCUUGUAGGCUUUUGUUAAUAUGCAUCUAUAGUAUGAAAAUGUUUUAAUGUAUGUUGUGCCAUUUGUUGGCCACAUAGAAGAUAGUCUUGUGUUAAUUUUAAAUGAAUUAUUUUCUAAUCUAAAUGUUUUGUCUGUAGAAAAAAAUGUCUGUAUUAAACAUUCGUCUUUAAGUGUCUGUGUGUGUGUGCAGGCAGGUAAGAUGCACUACGGGGAAGAUGCAGGUUCUCUUUUUAAGCAACACUGCUACCCAGUGGUGGCUGGAGUAUAUGGAAUAUUUUUCAAUUUCACAUUUAAGUGCUAUUAAAAAAAAAAAAAAAGUCCAUCACAAUUUCC